AUGGAAAGCGAGAAUGCCGCUAUCAUACGGCUGUUUUCCAUCCCUCCAAAUCAACGAUCUCCCACAGAUGUGACCUAUUUGCACACAUUUCUGCGCACAAUCGAAGGUCUCAAUGUACCCGGACCCGUCUUGGCACAUCGGGAUGCGGAAUUGCGUGACCUAUGUCGAAUCGGUAUUCAUCGCCGAGUCCCGGAGGAUGUGCUUCUCUAUAGGGCGGGUGAGGUCUGCGAUUCCUGGUUCAUUCUGCUCACCGGGUCCGUCCUCAUAGAGACGUCCAUGUUUCUGCCACGUGCCUGUUUUGGAUUGCGUAUCAACGGGAAUCCAUAUCGAUCCAGCGAUUGUUUGGUUUUGGAGCCGUCCGAUAUUGUUGUGGCCUCAUCCGGUGCCCCACCACCACCAGAGCAUCGUGCCUCAAUACAAUCUGGACGCAAACAGUCCACAGUGUCCCAACCAUCCACACAACAGAUCCAAUUAAGUGAAACCUCUUCACUAAGUUCCUCCGGUUGUGGCGGCCUGGCUGACUCCGGUCGCGGAGGCAGCUCCUCACUGGCUCCCUCCACGAACGGAGNACCUUGGUCCAAAACCGGCACCACUGGGAACGAUAGCAGUCUUCUGGAUUCGGACGAGGAUGAGGAGGAGGAAGAGGAGGAAGAUGAUUUCGAGUCCAGUAGUCAUGAGUCCUUACGCGAUGCUUUCUGGGAAUCCAUACUCAAAGAACCGGGGGAUCGAACAGAUGAAGAUAUACAAAUUCUAAUGGAUAAUGUGCAACAGCUGCCUGUGAGUUUCUGA